CGGAGGAGAGGGAUGCCGAAAAAAUGAAACUCCUCAGCACUAAUUUUUCACAUCCCUCUGCAGGAGAGGAUGGAGACCAACCUCACGACACCCUCAGUACAAAGGAGCGGAUUAAUACCCCAUCUACUUUCGCCGCUGAGUGAACGUGAGAAUGCUGUCUGCGCGGCAGAAACUGAGGUAAACGCGACGCAUUUUUAAAAGAGAAAGCGACCAUAUUGAGGUCAGAAGAAAGCGUUGCCAAGGCGACCAGCUUGCUAGGGAGGACACUGCAGCGCGCGUCACACGCCGGGGACGAGCGAGCAAGCGAGCGUGCUUGUACGCGCGCGUGCCACAGCGAGCCGAGGCGGUCGCGGCGUCCACAGCAGCAGCAGCGGCGGCGGCGGCAGCAGCAGAGGCAGCGUCUUUCUCACAAGACUACCGGAGGACCGCGCCGUGUACGUCCACCGUUAACGAGGCUUGCAACCUGGCUUGAAGCGCUGCUCGGCGGUGUCGGAGCUUUCCUCGAGGGGAUUUAUUGAGGAUUUAUCGACGACAUCCCAGAAAAACGCUCAAAAGCCCAGUAGCCGCGACCAUUGGUCAACACAGGUGACACUUCCCCAGCUGUCAAAUCCGCCGAGUCCCUGCAGACACGUCCGGGUUAUUUGGGGGUUAUUUUGUCAUUAAAGGGCCUCGAUAAAAAACAGACUUUCUUCUUGAGGCAAACCGGACUGUCAGCCGAGAAAUUAAUUAAUAUAUCACCGUGCUCGAGAAGACGGUGACCGAACCGAGCCUGUCUGCUCGAAUGGGGAAUCAUACUAUAUCCUGCUGUAUGUGGUGUGUAAUGCAGUAGAGUUGCUUUAUUUUUGGUAUUCAGUCUCCCCUGUCAUUGUCUCCAGUAAUGAAGUCCCACCUGCCGGCCCGGUUGGAUUGAACGAGGUAGUGCUGCCGGGGGUUGCAUUUUUGGUGUUAUUUUUUUUGUCUUUUUAUUUUUGUCUUUUAGUUUUUCAAAUGUUUUUGUAGGCACACUUUUUGCUCGUUUGACAUUUACCGCAACUGGAGGAAGGUUUAGUGAAGAGGACAAGGAGGAGAAGGACAAAAUCUCAGGAAAAAAAAAAGAAGGAAACAUCAGUGGGAAUCUGGCACCAUACCCGCACCCGUGGAUCACAAAUUAACAGAGUUCAGUGGCCGUUAGAAACAUCAAUCAAAUUAUCCGGAUGAGAGACGACCAAUAGGGAUGGAACGCAACAGAGCCAUGGCUGGGAAAGCGUUUCGGAUCGCCAUUGCUCAGACUCAGCACUGACCUUGAACCCAGACCCAGAGGUCCGUCCUCCUUCUCCAGCACCCUGAGGACCCUUCUGUCCCCCUGCAGCUGCUUUGCCCUCCAUCUCACCUUCACUCAAACCUCAAAAAAAGGCUCCUUUUUGUCUUUCAGGGUCUGCCUGCUUUUGUUGUUUUAAUCCCCCUCUUAUGCUUUACCUUCCACAUUGUUGGUUAUAAUCCACAUUCUCUUAUAAAAAAGACACAAGUACUCCAAAACAGACUAAAAGCAGGUGGCUGAACUGUAUGAAUCCAGUCAUGUACCCCCUCCCACUUGCUCCCAGCAAACAAAGUCGGCGGGGUUUGUCGUCCAGGACGCGCCCCCUUACUCUCAUGGCAGACUGCUGCCUGAUGGGUGCACUGGGCCUCAUCCUGCUCUUCAGCCUGGCCUCGAGCCAGAAGAUGGACCCCUCCAAACACCCCAUAGUCACCACCAACUAUGGCAAGCUCCGAGGCAUCAAGAAGGACUUGAACAAUGAGAUUCUAGGCCCCGUGGAGCAGUACCUGGGUGUGCCCUAUGCCACAGCACCCAUCGGCGACCGCCGCUUUCAGCCGCCCGAAGCCCCGGGAUCCUGGCAGGAGAUCCGCAACGCCACGCAGUUCGCCCCUGUGUGCCCUCAGAACGUCCACGGGGUGCUGCCAGAGAUAAUGCUGCCCGUGUGGUUCACAGACAACCUGGAUGUGGCGGCGGGUUACAUCCAGAACCAGAGCGAGGACUGCCUCUACCUCAAUGUCUACGUGCCCACGGAGGAUGGUCCGCUCACAAAAAAACAUGAUGAAUCUUCAAUGAACAAGCCUCGAGACGAAGAUAUUCGUGACCGCAGGAAGAAGCCUGUCAUGCUGUUUAUUCAUGGAGGCUCCUACAUGGAAGGCACCGGGAACAUGUUUGAUGCUAGCGUUCUUGCUGCGUACGGCAACGUGAUUGUGGUGACCAUGAACUACCGGCUCGGCGUACUCGGCUUCCUCAGUACUGGUGAUCAGUCCGCUAAGGGAAACUACGGCCUGCUGGACCAGAUCCAGGCCCUGCGUUGGCUCAAUGAGAACAUCGGCCACUUCGGCGGAGACCCAGAGAGGAUCACCAUCUUCGGCUCCGGAGCCGGGGCGUCCUGCGUCAACCUCCUCAUCCUCUCACACCACUCGGAGGGUCUGUUUCACAGGGCCAUAGCCCAGAGUGGAACGGCCAUCUCUAGCUGGUCCGUCAACUACCAGCCCCUCAAGUACACCAAGAUCCUGGCCCGGAAGGUGGGCUGCACCUACACGGAGACGGCCGACCUGGUUGACUGCCUGAGACGCAAGAACUUCAGGGAGCUGGUGGACCAGGACAUCCAGCCAGCCCGCUACCACAUUGCCUUUGGCCCUGUGGUGGAUGGCGAUGUCGUGCCCGAUGAUCCGGAGAUCCUCAUGCAGCAGGGGGAGUUCCUCAACUAUGACAUCCUAAUAGGAGUGAACCAGGGAGAGGGGCUGAAGUUUGUAGAUGACAGUGAGGACAACGAUGGCAUCUCAGCCGCGGCAUUCGACUACACCAUCUCCAACUUUGUCGAUAACCUCUACGGAUACCCUGAAGGCAAAGACAUCCUGAGGGAGACCAUCAAGUUCAUGUACACCGACUGGGCAGACAGGGACAACGGCGACAUGCGGAGGAAGACCCUGUUAGCUCUGUUUACCGACCACCAGUGGGUGGCGCCAGCAGUGGCCACUGCCAAACUCCACGCUGAGUUUCAGUCCCCAGUUUACUUUUACACGUUCUACCACCACUGCCAGACCGAGACGCGACCCGAGUGGGCCGACGCCGCCCACGGAGAUGAGAUACCGUACGUGUUUGGUGUGCCCAUGAUCGGUGCCACAGAUCUGUUCCCGUGCAACUUCUCGAAGAACGAUGUGAUGCUGAGCGCCGUGGUCAUGACUUACUGGACCAACUUUGCCAAAACUGGGGACCCCAACCUGCCAGUCCCUCAGGACACCAAGUUCAUCCACACCAAGCCCAACCGCUUCGAAGAGGUCAUCUGGACCAAGUUCAACUCGAAGGACAAGCAGUACCUCCACAUCGGCUUAAAGCCUCGUGUUAGAGACAACUACAGAGCCAACAAGGUGGCCUUCUGGCUGGAGUUAGUCCCCCACCUCCACAGUCUGCAUGAGGUGCUCUUCCCCACCACUACGCGCUCACCGCCAGGCCCUCGCCCGGGCACCUACGGGCCCUGGCCCAGAACACCGGGCCCCCGCACCACUCGUCACCCCUACCCUACAUUCCCGUCUGACCCGGAGCCUGAGGGUUCGGAGCGUCCCCACCAGGACCUCUUCCCCGGAGACACCCGGGACUAUUCCACUGAGCUGAGUGUGACAGUCGCUGUGGGGGCGUCGCUCCUCUUCCUAAACAUCCUGGCCUUUGCCGCCCUUUACUACAAGCGCGACAAGCGGCACGAGAUGCGGCGCCACAGGCUGUCUCCUCAGCGGGGCGGCCCUGCCAAUGACCUGGCUCACAGUCAGGAGGAGGAGAUCAUGUCUCUGCAGAUGAAGCACUCAGAGCACGACGCUCACCACGACAUGGAGCCGCUGCGGCCCCACGACAUCCUCCGGCCCGCCUGCCCGCCUGACUACACGCUGGCGCUACGCCGCGCCCCCGACGACGUGCCACUGAUGACACCUAACACCAUCACCAUGAUCCCCAGUACCAUCACCAGCAUGCAGCCUCUUCAUGCCUUUAACACCUUCCCCUCCACUGGCCACAACAACACCCUGCCCCACCCCCACUCCACAACCAGAGUAUAGUAGGGACUGCCCUGACACAGCGCCACAUAAGGACCAGGAAGACUGGCUGUGCCACUGAUCUAGAGGGGAGGCCUCUGGAUGUGGGCCUUUGUUCUGUUCUCUUAUUCUCUUGUUUCUCCAAAAGCAACUCCACCUCCUCCAUCAUGUGCUGUCAAACGUAGCAGCUCCCUCCACUGGUGGUGUGUGGAGAAGCAACUGAACUGCAAGGCAGCAGAUGAUCAGCUCGGGGGGUGAUUUAGAUCUUUUAAAGAUACUGUUUUCAAAGAAAGUCUGCCGUUUCCAGACUAAAGCCCUCUGACGUUUGUCAAAGGGACAAAAUGCUUUUACUUUGGUGUCAUCUCUUUUUUCUCUCACUGGUGUAUUAUGUGCAUAUAUCGUUCUCUUUUCUACAUCUGUGUCUUAUCCCCUGCUUUGUUCCCCUUAUUCAACAUGUGAUUCUCUCCCUCUCCCCAGUGCUCCUUCGCUCUAAGGAAUCAUAAACUACUGAGCUGUAGGAGGGGGCAUAGAGUACAUACAGUAAGCAUAUAGCUAUGAAAACACUGAUAUCCGAUACUUUCAUUCUACCAGCAUUCUUGGUGCCAAGUAUGUACUACUGUGUUUGCUUUCUCAUCGAGGGAAAAAAAACUAAAGAAAAUUCUAGAGUAUUCCUAUUUACUGUCAACUAACAGAUGCUGUGUGUUCUCAUGACAAAGUGCCAAACUGGCCCUUGAUUGUGUUUUUUCUUUUUUUCUUUCUUUCAUGUUCUGUUUCUUUUUUUUUCAAGCAUUUGUUUAAUCGUUGUUUUUGUGGAAAGAAUUUUUGCUGAAAAUAUAGAUAUAGAGAAAUGAUAUUAUAUAUAGUUAUAUAUAAAUGUGUACAAAGGAGAAAGUAUAUAAAUGGGUUUUCUCAGUGGGGAUCUAUGCAUGAAUUAUUUUUAAAGAUGAUGACGGGGGGAAAGGACACUGUAUCUGUCAAUGCACGUUUCCCAAAUCUACUCAAAUCAUAUCGGUCCACUUUGGAUAUUGGUCUUUGUUUAACCUCACAGAAUAAGAGCAUCACAGGAAAUCCUGAAGUAAGUCAACAAAAUCCACCUCUCCACCUCCCAACCCGACACUUGUUUAUUAAAAAGGAGUCAUCGACCACAAAUCUCAGAAGAUGUUACGGUCAGAGCAACAACUGUGAACGCACUCCUCCAUUCAUUCUCUUCCUUCAUGAUGUCAUUUAGAGGGAUUUCUCCAACCAGGUGAUGCAACACGCCAACUGCUAUCCCAUCCCAUCAUCCUCAAGUCGCUACUUCUUCUUUCCAUCUGUAUGGAAAUGCAUUGCUUUUUUUUUUUUGCUUUUUUUUGGGGUAUUUGAGGUACCAAAUCUGUUGUUGUAGCCGGCGUGUACGGAAUUAUUUUUGUAUUUCAGUGAGGGUGAGAAACAAAGCAGAGACAGGCAGCCUCUGCUCUUUUACUUACACCCUCCCUCUCCUGUCUGCACCCCUAUUUCCAGCACAUGCAUAUUCUCUUUGAUGUGUGCCUGUGAGAGAAAAUGCGUGUGUGCGUGUGUGUGUGUGUGUGUGUGUGUGUGUAAGUGUAAGUGUGCAUGUGGUAUCAAACUGCUUCACAUUGGUAUAGGUGGGCCCUAAUUAGACAGUAAGGAGAUAGAGAGGCAGACAGGUAGGAUCAUCCCCAUGGUAAAAACUUAGACUCCCCAAUGAGCUCCUUCCUGCUGCUUACCCCAAACACCCCCCCCCUCCAUAUGAACAUCACUUCCUCCCUCCCUCCCUUCUCCUCCUCCCAUCACUAGCUUUGUCUUCACCGCUGAUGCCCACAUUGCAGUGAUCACCCAUCAUGACCAUGAAACUCCUGACUUCACUGUGUCAGCACCGUUCUACACAAUUUCUGACCUCAGUUCAGCUCUGCUAUUAUCCUCCCAUUCAAGGGUUAGUUCACUAAGCUAGUGAGUUUUUAUGAGCUCAUCAGUUGUAAAUUAAACUCUAAGCACACUGAGGGUAACCGGUGGGUCUUCGCGGCCCGCAGCACAGAGCUGCGAGAUGAAAAGGAGGCUCGGAUCUCCUAAACAGGGUAAAAGCAACACACUUGACAACUGCUGUUUCUGAUUCCUCUCUAUUUCGGGGUGAGGAUGUGCAGGCCUACAGCUCAGCAAUGCCCCCCUCUGAUUCUCUGCUAUGGAUCUCAAACAUGGAUCUUGGGUUAUAAUCUGGUUAAUACAGUAUGUUAACUGAACUGAUGUGCUGUUGUUUGAGCCCACAGGAACCCAUGGUAGCCUACAUCCGGUAUGGGAGAAGUUAGUCACCGGUGCUGUCUUUGCUUGUGCUCUAGCUUUAGCCUGUUUGUUUGUUUUCUAUUUUAUUACUGCCUAACGGGGUGGUGGGGGAGGGCUGGCAGGGGAGAGAUAUACAGUAACUGGCUGCUCCUGUCAGAGAUUUUGUACGCCUACUGAAAGGGAAAUGUGCACAAUGUAAAACACAAAACAGCUGACUUGGGUGUGCUGCAGGUGGACAAAUGCUGUGGAACAGAUGAUGGACAGUAGCGCAAGAAAAGGUGCACGCUGUGGAGAAGAGACUUUGGGAGGAGAUUGGGAAAAAAAAGACUCGCAGCCUUAAAUGUAGAAAUCAGAAUCAGAAGAGAAUCAAAGGAGAGGAUGAACUGAUCACUAGCAAAUAAGGAAAUUCAAAGGCAUGGCCAUCUUUCUACCCACAAUGUUUGCCACCUUGCUAAUCUGUCCUACAGAGGAUAUGGACCCUUUUGUACUCACUCCUGUGGAAAAGGAGGCAGUGAGGGGUUGUGGAGUAAACCUCAUCACAACACAGCUACAAUGGCACCACUGGAGGUGACAACAGAAACAAGGUAUUCAGUUUGGUCUGUUCUUUUUCUUUGUCUAUUUUAUAAGCUAACACUGGAGGGCGCCAUUGUGCCAGAUUCACUGCAGUCUGGCCACUCUGACGAAACUGGAUGUGUGAAGAAAAAUACCAAACUGGGUGGCAGGACAAGAGACACACAACAUCUGGAAGAGAAUCUAAACUGUACAUUUUUAAGUGUAAGAAUCAAACAGACAAAAUAUUUGUAAAUAUUAAGUUUCUUGUUUGUUUCUUUUUUCUUUUUUUCUUUUUUUUUGAGUGAAUGAAUGAAAUGCUUAUUUUGUGACAACAAAAGACAACAGGUGCAGUUUGCAAAAAGACAAAAAACAAAAAAAAACAAAAACAAAGGCCACUAUCUUGAGGUUUCAAAUUCAUUCAUUUUCACAGCAUUCAAAAAUAUUUUUUUCUUCCCUUUGUUUUAUUGUUCUCACAUUGCCCAUUACCACAUGGGCAUCCUGUAGCAUCAUGAAUCAGGAAAGUCACUGUAGCAGAGUUCAUCCCCACCCUUCAGCCCCCACAUGAGAUGCUGUAGUUAGCAUUUGUUCUGGGGUUGUAGUAGAAGCAUCAACUCCUCUGCAUCUUUUUUUUCUUUUCAACCUUCAGCAAACUUUUAUUUUGAAAUUGAUCUAAGUAUACUCCUGAUGAAUCUGUGCUGCUUGAUCUGUGUGACUUUCAGAGGCUAAGAGUACUGAUAAAAGCCAGCUUUGCCUUUUGCCAGCUAACUAAUGUAAUGAUGGUGACGGUGUGGGGAACUGGCCAGUGAUUCACGGUCAGGACUUCUAAACUGAGACACUUAACGCAAGUGCAGUCAAUUAAAUGUUAGCUCACUUCACAUGUAGCAGUGUUUACAUGUAGCCACGUAAUCACAUGUGGGACAGACAUGAGGGCUUUGAUACCAUAAGAUGCCUCAUAUCCUCAUAGAGUAACACUACCACACAUGCGGUCCAACGUUUUUCCUUCCACACACUGUGUUGCAUUGUGAUAAUGGAAGUUGUGUUGCCCUUACAGUGACGUGAUGUAGCAGAAAAUAGUCCUGAACGGAUGAGAGAUGGAUGACGUGAAGUAAAGCAGAAAAGUCUGUCCGACUCUGAGCAUGUGUGCUUAACAGUGGAUCAGACUGGAUGUGCAGUAUGUGGACGCACACUUAACCAAAGUGACUCACUGCAGCCCUGUGGUUCACACAGUUGGCGCUGGAUUUCAGUUUAGUCUUAUUUCAACAUGCCGAUAAACUGAAGUAAGGUGACUUCAUGCACAUCAGUGAGGUUAUUUAGAGAUCCCGGAUCAAUGAUGCAUGAAAGCACAUGAUUAACACCCCACACUGGCAAACAUACACAACAUGCAGUGACGCAUACACACUCACAUAAGCUUGCAAAGUUGCACCUGUUGUCUUGUUUUUACAUUCUUUGUUGAAUUCAGAAACCCAAGACUUGAGAUGAAGAAAAAUGUUAAAUAAAGGAAUUUAAAAAAAAGAUGAUUAUUAAAAAAAAAGUAAAGUAAAACUAUAUAAAUAAAUGAGGUGAUGAUAUUUCUGUUUACUUUAGAAGUUAUUAUACACUGUAUGCUGUGAUUCUGAUCUGGGAAACAUUAAAGACAUUCAUAGCCAGA